AUGAACCCAAAUUUUAAAAACACUAGGAGAUCAAAGGGUAGUGAAGCAAUUUCAGAUUCAAAGUUGGUGCAAGAGCUAUAUGCAAUAAUGGAAAUUGUCUCUGACAGAGUAGAAAUGCACAAGAACAUUUGUGCCCAGAGGGACAAUUGGAAUGGCCUGCUUCUCAACUCUCUGAAUGGAAUGACAGCCACUGCUGCAAUCAUGGCUGGACUUGCAGCUGUGAGUGGAUCUGGAGGAGCACCCAUUUUGGCUCUCAAGCUCUCUUCCAGUCUCCUAUACAUGGCUGUCACUGGGAUUUUGCUGGUGAUGAAUAAGAUCCAGCCUUCUCAGCUAGCAGAGGAGCAGAGAAAUGCUUCAAGGCUUUUUAAGAGGCUUCAUGAAGAGAUCAAAACCACUCUGGUUUUAAAAACGCCAACUUCAAAUGAUGUGAAGGUUGCAAUGGAAAAGGUUUUGGCUUUAGAUAAGGCCUACCCACUGCCCUUGCUUGGGACCAUGAUUGAGAAAUUUCCUUCCCUUGUGAAGCCUGCUGUGUGGUGGCCAGAAGAAUCCAAGCCUCAACAUGAAGAGACGAGCGAGAAGGUUGAGAGGAAUGGGUGGGAUGAGAAGCUGGAAGAGGAAAUGAAGGAGAUUUUGGGUGUGGUGAGAGGAAAAGAUGCUGCAGAAUAUGUGAGGCUAAGCAAUGUGGUCUUGAAGGUUAACAAAAUACUAGCAUUCUGUGGCCCUUUGCUCACUGGUUUUGCUGCAGCUGGGGCAGGACUUGUUGGGUUGACUGGUUUUGGUUCAUGGGGUGCAGUUUUGGCUGUGGUGUUUGGGGCUUUGGCCAGUGUGGUCAACACUUUGGAGCAUGGUGGGCAAGUGGGAAUGGUGUUUGAGAUGUAUAGGAGUUCUGCAGGGUUUUUUAAGCUCAUGGAGGAGACCAUAGAAUCAACUCUCAAGGAAGGAGAGGUUGGGGAGAGAGAGAAUGGGGAGCUGUUUGAAGUGAAAGUGGCUCUUCAGCUUGGCAGAAGCCUUGCAGAACUCAGAGACCUUGCAAAUUCUUCAUCUUUGUCUUCAAGACUUAGACAAGCUAAAGAAGAAUUUGCAAGCAAGCUUUUUUGA